AUGAGAGUAGAGGGUAUGGCUUUUUUCUUGACUGUUCUUUUUGCAUUUACCCUCAUUUCUUCUACGAUAACAGUUGAAGCACAACGAUUAGGAGUAGUGUCAAAAAUACCACCGUCACCAGGGAAUUCUGGUAUGAGGGGUGGCUGCUGGAGUUGUUGGGGUCACAAAGUAGUCGACAAGAAAAAAGGGACAGCAUCAGUAGCUGCAGUAUCGAUAUCACCACCACAAGCUAUCCACAAGAAGGGAGGUUGA